UACAGCAUUUGUUUAUUUAACUAUUUAUUGUCUAUUUACUUACUUACUUACUUACCUGUUUAUCUCGGCACCGAGCAAACAAGCCCACUCUCAACCUGGACAUUUAUCGAUAUACAACACAGAAAACAACCCCGACCGAAAACACCAUGUCCCGACUCCUCCUGCCCCGGUGCCUAUCCUCCUCAUCACCAUGGCGCCACGCCGCCUCCUUCACCACGCUCAGCCACCUGUCCAAGAAAGCGCCCAACAUGCCGCCCCGGCCCAAGCCACCGCCGGACGCGGAGUUGCACGAGUCGUUCCUGAAGGGGUCCGGGCCGGGCGGGCAGAAGAUCAACAAGACCAGCUCGGCGGUGCAGCUGAAACACAUACCGACGGGCCUGGUAGUCAAGUGCCAGGCGACACGGUCGCGGACCGAGAACCGCAAGAUUGCCCGGCAGCUGCUCGCCGACAAGCUCGACGACAUGAGCCGGGGUGACGAGAGCCGGAGCUCCGUCGUCGGGGCCGCGAAGCGGAAGAAGAGGGCCAGCGCCGCCAAGAAGAAGAGGAGGAAGUAUCGCAAGUUGGACGAGGAUGGAAAGGAGGUCGCUGCUGGCGAGGGAGAAGAGGAGGACGAGUUUGAGGACGAGUUCCAAGACGAGAUCGACGAGAAAGAUGGCGCAACACCAACAGCUCAGGACUUCACAGAGAUUCCUGGCCCGAAAGAGAAGGAGAAAACAUAGCAUAGCUGGUAUUGUUAACGGAUAUCUCUAGUGAGUGCCUUCAAGCUUCGUGAAUUUGGGAAGGUAACUGCCAACUCCUAGGUACUGUGCCUUUUCGGACUUUUUGACGACUCAAUGUUCC